UAUCUCCACCUCUCUUUCCCGUAAUGAAUGGAUUUGCAUUCUUAUUCUCUUCAUCUCUCUCUCCCUCUCUCUUUCUCUCUCUCUCUCUCAGCGAAAAGAAGAAAAGAGAGAGAGAGAGAGAGAGGGAGGGAGGGACAUCGAUAGAUGGAAGAUUACUUCCGGCGGCCCACCUAUCGGCCUGCAGCCGCAGGAGUCGGCGGCAGGAACCCUGAGAUCACCGAUGCAAACAUGUUAAAAUACGUGAACAAAGUUUACUUCGGCCGGUCAUCUCAGCCACCAGCCUUGGGUCCAUCUCCGUUCGAUCGAAAACAAAAUGCUAAGAAGAAGAGGAUGGAAGAGUCUUGUACGACAAGCAAGUCAUGGUGGAACGAACCCAAGAUGAAGAGGAAGAGGAGGCUUGCCAAGUACAAGAUGUUUGCCCUAGAAGGGAAACUCAAAGAGUCCCUAAAGAAAGGGAGCAGAUGGAUCAAGAAGAAGUAUUGUAAGAUUGUGCAUGGCUACUAAUUGGAAGGCAGUUAAUAACUAUAGUACAUCUUAAAAUGUGAGUUCUUUUAUUCUUCAUGUUUUUCUUCUUGUAAUCUCCCUUUGAUGUGCACUUCAUUUUAUUUAUGGUCUUUUCUGGAACAAGAAAGUUCUUUUUUU